AUGCCAUCUGUGAAUGAAGCACUUGUAAGGUGGCCAAGUCCACAACAACAACAUCAUCAUCUCAAACAAAGAAAUUCACAAGACAUCUGGAUUCCGAAACUACAUGUAUAUACAGUUUUUUACCUCAUUCUUCUUGUGGGGAGCACAUCGGCAUUUUGUCUCCAAGAAGCAACAGUAGUCAGCCAUAGUCAUCCUUUAUCCAGAAGUGCAUGCCGUCUUGGUACUCCGCCAUCAUCUUUUUUUAGUCUCAAGGCGACCAAUGGAGAAUCCAAGAAUGAUGAUGAAUACGAGAAUCUCUUGGCAACCUCCUCUUCGAGAUUGAGCCACGUCAUGUUGCAAGUACCAUCGGUGGAUGACACUGUGGCGUAUUGGAAAGAGACGGCCAAUGCUCAAGUCACGGCUAGUUCCAAGCUCGAUCAGGAGACUGACAACACAAAAGACACGCUACGAUCCGCCUUUGUCGUACUGGGCAAUGGCAAGACUACAGAAGAUUGCUUUGCACUCGAAAUUGUAAGGACUCGACAAAAAUCGUUUCAAUUGGGCAAUGCCGUGUCCUACCUGGGCGUCAGUAAAUUGGUACAAUACGCUUCUCCGCAGGAUUUGAUUGCUGUCAUUGCGGGCAACGAUAAAGACGAGGCGCAACUCAUUGAUGAUGCCGACGAACCCAACGGUAUUCCAGUGCAAUCGUGCGCAUCGGCACCGGGGGACUACUUGGCGCGGUUGUGUUUACACACUGCCGACAUGCAAGCCACAACCGACUUUUAUACCGACAUUCUAGGCAUGACGGUGGCGGCUGCCGAUGACGACGGAAAGAUGUUGUGUUUGCGCUACAAAGGCGGUGAAGACUCCUCAGACAACAACAAACAAUUCUACGGCGUCCCUACGACUCUGGUCUUUGAGCCCGCGUCGGAAUUAGACAAGGGCAACUGCUUGGAUCAUUUCGUCAUUGCUACAAAAGCCGACAUGGACGACCUAUAUCAACAACUACAGCAAAUAAUGAUGGAGAAAGACACGGAGAACGCUGGAAAGUUGUUUAUGAAACCCACGGAAAUGUUCGGCAAGGUAGUGCUGGGCGUCAUGGAUCCCAAUGGCCACAAAGUGAUCCUUGCGGGCGAGAAGAAAGCAUAG